AUGGGUGCAUUGCACCGUAACUUUUCAAAACAAGCUGUACAAACGUUAAAACAUUUGAUUAAUGAUACUACAUAUAAAUGUGAUCCAAGUAUUUCAUGUGGAUGUUCGAUAUCAACCACUAGUGUUACAUCGCGAAUCGUUGGUGGAGAAGCAGCAUCUGAUUAUGCAUGGGGUUGGAUUGUUUCUCUUCAAGAAAAUGGUCAACAUAUAUGUGGUGCAACUCUUUUAACAUCUGAAUAUGUCGUAACAGCUGCUCAUUGUGUAGAUGAUGCUAUGAAUAAUACAUCAAUAUUAUCAAUUCUUGCUGGCAUUAAUUAUUUAAAUAAUGUAUCCAUUCCAACUAUUCAACGAAGAUCAAUCAUUAGUAUUACUAGGCAUCCUAAUUAUGUUUCAUCCGAUUGGAGAAAUGAUAUUGCUAUUCUUAAAUUUUCUCCACUUACAACAUCAUCAAAUUCUAAAAUAGCUUUUAUUUGUUUACCAAAACAAGAUGAAGAUCCAUUUCAAACGAAUGCUGAUCUUGUAGCCAUUGGAUGGGGUUAUAAAUCAGAAUUCGUUCACGUUCUAUCUGAUUAUCUUCGACAAGUAACAGUUCAAGAGUUUGCAUCAACAUCUACUUAUUGUCAAGAAUCCGGUAUGGUUGAUUCAUCUGCGCAAUUUUGUGCGGGAGCUAUUGCUGGUGAUGCAUGUAUGGGUGAUAGUGGUGGUCCAUUAAUGGCUUUUGUUAAUAAUCGUUGGAUAUUAGCAGGAAUAACAUCAGACGGUAUUGGUUGUGCUCGAGCAGGAUAUCCAGGAAUAUAUACACGAGUGUCUCAUUUUAUUUCGUUUAUUAAUUCAAACGUCGAUUUUCCAGUGACACAAACAACAACGGUUUCAUUAGCGACAUCAAAAAUUGAACAUAAUUAUAAUCAAUCGAGUAGUCAAGGAAAUAAUGGAAAUAUGAUAAAUAAAUCAAUAACGUUUGUGAUACUUGUGUUUUCAUUUUUAACAUCUUUAUUGUCUUAUGGAUAG